AUGAAUGAAUUACUUCAAGAGAACCCUAAACGGCUAAACAUAAUCGAUAAAAUUUAUUUAUUCUUGAUCGUUCUCGCCAUCAUGAUUUCAUCCUUCGCACAUGAAAUUGAGCACAAUCCUGUACCUGAAGAUGUUGGCAUAAUCAAUAUCAGUGUUGCUACGACCAAAAUAUAUCAAAGUAUCAUCAGUAAUUAUGAUCUCUAUGAUGAACUAACAUCAGAAUUCUCUUGUAUCCCGGUUUCUUUACGCGACUGUGUUGCUGUAGAGCUUACUGAAUUCUUGACGGGAUCAGGAAAAAUCACUCCCAUCGAUGCUUACCAUGUGUUACUAGAGUUGUUUCGAUUCGUCGAUGAAAUAACUUCCUCUGAUGAUUAUACUCCAGGUUGUGCUUUAAGAGUGUUGAUGACUCUUACAAUCGCUAUUCCUCCUGAACAUAUUGAAGAAGACGUUCUAGGUUUAGAGGAUGAGCAAGACGUUUACGGAGAAGCAUCUUCAUCUCAGUUUGAAGAAGUUGUUCCAUUCUACGGGUUGCCAUACUUCAGGGAUGACUACAAUGAUUACUUUCCUUACGAAGAAGCAUCUUCAUCUCAGCUUGGAGAAGUUGUUCUAUUCCACGGGUUGCCACACUUAAGGGAUGAGCACCAUGCUAGCUUUGGCUUCGAUCAUCAAAUUGAAGAAGCGUCUCAUUCUCAGAUUGAAGAAGUUUUUCAAGUUUCGUUCAAUGAGACCAACACUGUCAGGUUAAAACCUGCGAGCAAGCUCACUGUCGGGGCUUUGAAUAGGAAAACAUACAAGAAAGCUAGUGGUGUUGUAUGUGAGAAUGACGUGUGCACUAUUUGUUUGGAAGAGUUUGACGAUGGAAGAAGUAUUGUGACUUUACCGUGUGGGCACGAGUUUGACGAGGAGUGUGUUUUAGAGUGGUUUGUGAGAAGUCAUGUAUGUCCAUUGUGUCGUCUCGAGUUGCCAUGUGAAAGAUAA